UCCCUUUUCUGCAGACAGAGUGGACAAGAUUUGCUUUACUUGAAAAAACUGAAACAAAAUGGAAGAAGAAGUCAUGGAUGGAGAAAAUGGAAGUUGUGAGCAGACGCAGGUUACUGAAAGACCAAAAUGGGACAACAAAGUCCAAUAUUUGCUAACCUGCAUAGGUUUUGCUGUGGGUCUCGGGAAUGUGUGGAGAUUUCCGUAUCUGUGUCAAAUCUAUGGUGGAGGGGCGUUUCUGAUUCCUUACGCCAUCGCCCUGGUGUUUGAGGGACUUCCUCUCCUGCACAUGGAACUGGCCAUCGGACAACGGCUCCGCCUGGGAAGCGUUGGGGUGUGGAAUUCAAUCUCCCCUUAUCUAGGUGGUUUAGGUGUAGCUUCCAUGUUAGUGUCCUUCCUAGUUGGUCUGUUCUACAACAUGAUCGUGGCCUGGAUCCUCUGGUACUUCUUCCACUCCUUUCAGAGUCCACUUCCCUGGAGGGGCUGCCCGGUGAACUUGAAUCACACAGGCUAUGUCAGUGAGUGUGAGCUGAGCUCACCAGUGAACUACUUUUGGUAUCGUGAAACCCUGAACAUCACAGCGAGCAUUGAAACCAGUGGGUCCUUGCAGUGGUGGCUGGUGCUGUGCCUUGCAUCUGCUUGGUGCCUCGUGUACAUCUGCUUCAUACGUGGAAUAGAGACGAUUGGAAAGGCGAUUUACGUCACUGCCACCUUUCCAUAUCUGGUUUUGACCAUCUUCUUGGUCCGAUCCUUGACACUGGACGGUGCCACAGAUGGCUUAAUUUAUCUCUUCACACCAAAAUGGGAAACCCUGAGAGAUCCUAAGGUCUGGUUAGACGCUGCUACUCAGAUCUUUUUCUCUUUGUCUUUGGCCUUUGGGGGACUCAUUGCUUUUUCCAGUUAUAAUGUUCAGAAGAAUGAUUGUGAGAGAGACGCCCUAAUAGUGGGCUGUGUGAACAGCUUUACGUCGAUAUACGCAGCGAUUCCUAUUUUUGCCAUCCUGGGAUUUAAGGCCAAUGAAAACUACAAUGAAUGCCAAAAUUGGAACAUCCUGAGAUUGACUAAUUCCUUCAGCAUUGGGGAUGAAAACAUAACUGUUGAAAACUAUGACGACUGGUUAAACUACCUAAAUGCCACUGAUCCUUCAGAGGUCAAAAGCCUCAACCUAAAGACGUGCAACCUACAAACCUUCCUGGACCAGAGUGUCUCUGGCACUGGACUGGCCUUCAUUGUGUUUACUGAAGCGGUGAUAGAGAUGCCAGGCGCUCAGGUGUGGGCGGUGCUCUUCUUCGUCAUGCUCUUCAGCCUGGGCCUGUCCUCCAUGUUUGGGAAUCUGGAGGGUGUCCUGACUCCUCUGCUGGACCUGCAUGUGAUUCCAUCCUGGAUUCCAAAGGAAGUUUUCACAGGAUUGAUUUGCCUCACCUCUUUUUCUGUGGCCCUGAUCUUUACUUUGGGCUCUGGAAACUACUGGCUGGAGAUUUUCAACAGCUACGUGGGAUCCGUGCCUUUGCUCAUCAUCGCCUUCUUUGAGAUCAUCAGUGUGGUUUACAUCUACGGAAUAAACAGAUUCAAUGACGACAUUGAAUGGAUGACAGGUCGCAGACCCAACAUCUACUGGCAGGCCACUUGGCGCUUCAUCAGUCCGCUCAUGCUUCUAGUGGUUUUUGUGGCAUACGUUGUAGUUGAGGCGGAAAAACGACCAACAUAUAAUACCUGGAACCCAGAUUACGUCGACUUCCCCCUCGCUGAUGUCCAGCCCUAUCCGGAGUGGGUUUUUGUGAUCUGCGUGCUCUUAUCUGUCCUUCCUGUUGUUUCAAUUCCUCUGGUGGCUCUCUACAAAUUCUUGGGCUUCCUGCAAGAGUACAGAAUGAAAAUGCGCAACUGAAAGCCAUAUGUAAAUGAAUUAUGUCGAGAAGAAGGUUAAAUUACACUUUUUAACCAUUUUAUACGGCAUUAUUUUCUACUCGUGGUACAUAUUUGGGAUGUUUUUCAUCAAGUAACAUCGUUUUUUUUUCAUCCUUUGAACAAUAUGGUAUAACAAAAUUUGAAUCAUAGUGGUUAACAUAUCAGUAUAUUGUUGAAAAUAAAGCUU